AUGUCAAUGCACGCAACACCGAUACUCUAUUUAAACAUGGGUGGAGAAAUGCUGUAUGUUUUACAACAAAGACUGAAAGCUCAAAAAAUCGACAUCGACAAAACAGUGCAAGUAUUAAACGAUGUAACUGCUGCUUUGCUCAAUGUCACAGUACUUUCAUCGGUCUUCAAAAAAGGCCCUGUUAUUGCUGUUGCUUCAUUGCGUCCUACUUUAGAAUGCGCUGCUUUAUCCUCUAUCAUGAAAUUGGAUAAUAGUAGCAUGGAUAAAUUGUUUGAUUUAAUGACGAUGAUGGUCAAAUAUCAAUUGACUGUAGUUACUGGUCCUAGAGAAGUUAUUCUUCUUACGUUAAAUCAUAUCGAUGCAAUGCGCGAUAUGGUUAGCAAUCCAACUGGACAAGAAUGCGUCACGUUGGUCCAUCAAAUGGUUAUCGAUUUUUAUAGCGAUUUAACUUUCGAUGAAGUAUGGAGAACAAGAUACGAUUGUCUUCAAGAAUUAGAACCAUAUCGUGUUAGGGUUUCUAUUCUUUUGAGACUUGGUCUACAAAAUGAAGAUACUAGUUUUAAUUUAACUUCACAAAAGUACGAUGAAAAGUACGAAGAAAAUAGACAUAUAUUAGGCAAUCAAAAAAUAAAAGAUGUAGACCCCAAUAAGAAUUGCGGAGGUUCAUUCCAACUUUUUAGCGACCGUGAAACAUUAUUAGGAAGAAAUAUAUACUCUUCUACAUAUGGAAUGAUAGAAAAAUUAAGACCAUUGCAAUACGAUUCGAAUUUCCUAAAAGACUGUGGCACCAAAGCAGAGCUUGAAAUGUUGGCUACUCAAUUAGGAACAGAAGAAACUUACGAAAGACCUUUUACUUUGAAUUUAUUUUCUAAUGAAGAAGAUACUUCAAAUAAUAAAAAUAAGUGUAAUAUUGAUAAGAGUAACUUUGAGAAAAAAGAACAAGAAGUUGAAAAAACAAAGAUUAACGAAGACUACAAAAAUAAGCUUGAUAACGUUUAUGCAGAUUUUCAUGAAAAUGAAUUGGAGAAAACAGCACACAGUAUGGAUCUACUUGAUUUACUGGAUGAGAUCGAAUAACUGGCUAAUUUAUCAAAAUACUAUCCAACUAAAUAAUUCCUACAUAUUUCUUUUCAGUGCACUUAACAGAUAAAUAUAUAUAUACAAUUUGAUUAGCACCUCAUUUAAUAAUAUAAUAUUUUUAACUCUAAAAGACCAUCAUACAAUAUCGUAUAAUAUUAAAUAUAUUAAAUGCACAAAUAAUGCUUUUUUAUAAACUAUCAUAAUUAAGUUUAACUCUUAGUCAUAUCCAAAAUGUAUUUAACUCCAGUUUUGCCACUCAUAUUAAGUGCAUUAGUAAUAGCUUCUUGAUAUUGAGAGAAAGGCACAAGUUUGUGCGGCGGAGCUUGUAAUUUUUUAUCUUUAAAGAAAGCUAAUAAUUCAUCA